UCGGAAAGGAAAAGUAAACAUUUCCAUGCGAGCUGCGGAACAGAAUGGAACAGGCUGAAAAUAUAUUUUGGAGUGCGCAGUAAGGAUAGCUACCCUCUUGCAUAGACUAUACUGUACCUGGAAAACAUAUUUGGAUUAACAGAUGAACAGUAGGCUAUUAACUAACCCGCGCUCGCUCCACAGGACCGCUAUACGCAUUUGCCUUUUAAAACAACGGAAGCAUUGUCUCGACAAGCAGUGGGAUUUAUAAACCGAAGAUGGGUAUUUGUGGAUACUUUACCGUGUCUUGGAAGUGCCUGGUGGUUCUGUCUUUCAGACUGCUGUUUCUUGUCCCCGCAGGUUUGCCUGUCCACAGUCAAGGGGAAUCCCAAACCGAUAGUAAAGUGAUGGACAAUAUUACCGUCAGGCAAGGCGAAAACGUCUUUCUCAGGUGCGCACAGGGGGACAUUGUCACACACACGGCCUGGCUCAACCGGUCGAGUAUACUGUACGCCGGCGAGGAUAAAUGGUCUGUGGAUCCUAGGGUGAGCUUGGUUACACUCAAUCAGGAGGAGUUCACCAUCAAGAUUGAGGACGUGGACAUGACAGAUGAAGGCCCAUACAUCUGCGCGGUGCAGACGAGCAGCAGACCGAGGACGACGUCAGUACACAUCCUCGUCCAAGUGCCCCCCACAAUCAUCAACUUGUCGAAGGACAUCGUGGUCAACGAAGGCUCGAACGUCACUCUAAUGUGCCAAGCCAGUGGCAAACCAGAACCCUCGCUCACCUGGAAACUUCUCUCUCCCUCAGUUGACUUGGUAUCGGAGGACGAAUACCUGGACAUCCCCAGUAUCUCCAGACAGAGAGCGGGGACAUACGAAUGCACCGCCAUCAACGACAUUGCCACAGACGUCCAGACCGUUGAGAUCACAGUCAACUAUGCCCCCAGUGUGUCUGAGGGCAGAGACGUUGGUGUGACCCUUGGCCAGAGAGGGGUGCUGGAGUGUGAAGUGGAUGCGGUGCCCAAGGCCGACUUUGAGUGGUAUCGAGACGACAGAAGGAUCUUCAACGGUUUAGAUGGCAUGGAGAUCGAGGACGCCGGGCAGCUCUCCAAGCUGACCUUCUUAAACAUCUCAGAGGCAGACUACGGCAACUACACGUGCAUCGCCAUCAACAAACUUGGCAGCUCCAACGCAAGCUUUGUUCUGUAUGAGGUUAUUGAGCCUACUAGCUCAACACUAAUGCAAGAGGGGUCAACCAAUGUGUUAUUGUUGAGUUCAUCUGUGUUAGAAAAGACAUCCUCUGAAACCUUUGCAUUACCGGCAGGACCCGGAGCAGUGCAGGAUGGGAACAGCGGCUCGAUGGGGACACACGUACACACCUACACCUGUCUACUUCUGGUCAUCCUCCUUCCGUUUCUGCUCAAGUUUUGAUGCAGUGGGCUUUCUGGCAUCCGAGGGCAAGGUUGCAUGUUUUGUGUGUUUUCUCUCACCUGGAACCACAAACGUGAUGCACAGAGUGCAUAGGCUACCCUACUACAUCAUGUCGAACCGCUAAACAGUAUUAGGUAACAUACUUUUUUAAUUCAUUUUAGUUGAGUUUUAAGGACAUAACAAGUUGCUUUUUUUGUUGUUGUUUAGUUUCGCCUCCCAUUAUGAUAUGAUUCUUAAAUGUUUAUUCAUGUGGGUCUCAAAAAUAGGCCUGUCCGAUAUAGUUUGUCUGUUAUUUACAUUUAAUUUAUCUCAAUUUCCCCCGACUGACAGUCAUCUUAGCCCCAAGAGUUAAGUGUAUGAGGUGAACUAAACAAACACCUCAAACACAGGCAAGGACCAGAAGGACUGAAAUCCCUCUAGGGCCUAAAAGCCUGUAAUCAUGUUUGUUUCUGCUGUAAUUAUUUUGGAUACAUUGACAAACCACAACCGGUUAAGAAGAAAUUGAAUUUUGACAAAUGUUCUUCUUCCUCUCAUCACUGUAAAUUGUGAUCUUUUCAGUUUGUGCUAUGCUAUUUUUUUGUUUGUUUUUAACACAUAUUGAAAAGGGGUAAAUAAAAUAUAAAAGUUGUAUAAAUUUGUGCAAAGACCAUGUUUGUCUUCCCUUAACUUAACUGGCACAAGUCUAUACAAGGUGGUUUGAAGAAUAAUUACUUAACUAGUUAUGAAUGGAAAGGGAGUUUAUUCUCAUUUUUGUGGACAUAUAACUUCAACUAAUGUAAUCACUUGCAAAGUUUAUUCAUGUCUUUACAGCUGGUGUUACUGACUUGCCUCGUUAAAUAAAGGUCAAAUAUGGAUCACGCUAAGUGCAAAUCCUAACUUCCACUUCAGUCACUUAGUCUCCCACUGACAUCAAUGCAUCACUAAGUGAAAAUUGGACCCGAAGUGGAAGUUAGGAUCCACCUCUGAAGAUUCUCAGCUGUUAAUAUCAGUAUUUUUGUAUGGUCAUUGUUUUGAGUUAGUAUUUUGGAACAGUCUCAUAACCAAUAAGUAUGAACUGUUUGGUUGUGUUGAACUGGUACGUUUAGACUGGAAAUUCAAAUAGAUUGCUUAUAUUGUCUCCCAAUAGAGUGCAGAUACAUUAAAAUAUUCUCAUACAGUGUGGUAUACCGAGUUAAAUAAUCAGGGUGGAGUUUGGAUUGAUUUGAAAUCGGGUAUGUCUUCUCGUCGACGUCUCUGUGACACUCAGGAGCUACAAUAAAACGUUCUAUAACCAUCCACUUAAUUUUGCGCAAUUAGAUUUUGUUUAGCAGGCAAGCACAAUCCAUGCUCCAUGAAAUCACUGAACAAAAAUAUCAAUGCAACAUGUCGUGUUGGUCCCAUGUUUCAUGAGCUGAAAUAUAAGAAAAUGUUCCAUAUGCACAAAAAGCUUAUUUAUCUUCAAUGUUGUGCACAUUUGUUUACAUCCCUGUUAGUGGGCAUUUCUCAUUUGCCAAAGUAAUCCAUCCACCUGACAGGUGUGGCAUAUCAAGAAGCUAAUUAAAUAGCAUGAUCACAGGUGCUCCUUGUGCCGUGGACAAUUAAAGGCCACUCUAAAAUGUGCAAUUUUGUCACACAACACAAUGCCACAGAUGUCUCAAGUUUUGAGGGAGUGUGCAAUUGGCAUACUGACUGCAGGAAUGUCCCCCAGAGCUGUUGACAGAUAAUUUGUUAAUUUCUCUACCAUAAACUUCCUCCAAAAUUGUUUUAGAGAAUUUGGCAGUACGUCCAACCGGCUUCAAAACCACAAACCACCUGUAUGGCGUUGUGUGGGCGAGCAGUUUCCUAAUGUCAAAGUUGUGAACAGAGUGCACCAUGGUGGCGGUGGGGUUAUGGUAUGGGUAUGCAUAAACUACGGACAACGAACAAAAUUGCAUUUUAUCUAUGGCAAUUUGAAUGCAUAGAGAUACCAUGACAAGAUCCUGAGGCCCAUUGUCGUGCCAUGCACAGCCCCAUGUCACAAGGAUCUGUGCACAAUUAAUGGAUGCUAAAAAUGUCCCAUUUCUUCUAUAGCCUGCAUACUCACCAGACAUGUCACCCAUUGAGCAUGUUUGGGAUGCUUUGGAUUCACGUGUAUGACAGUGUGUUCCAGUUCCUGCUAAUAUCCUGAAACUUCGCACAGCCAUUGAAGAGGAGUGGGACAACAUUUCACAGGUCACAGUCAACAGCCUGAUCAACUCUGUGCGAAGGAGAUAUGUUGUGCUGCAUGAGACAAAUGGUGGUUUUCUGAUCCACACUCCUACCUUUUUUAAAGAUAACUGUGACAAACAGAUGCGUAUCUGUAUUCCCAGUCAUGUGAAAUCCAUAGAUUAGGGCCUAAUAUAUUUAUUUAAAUUGACUGAUUUCCUUAUAUGAACUGGAACUCAGUAAAAUCUUUGAAAUUGUUUCAUGUUGCAUUUAUAUUUUUGUUCAGUAUACAAGGAUUUUGCAGCUUUCUGUGCAGUGCAUCAACUCGUUUUCCCAGUUUAUAAAACUUUAUUAAAAUAUCUGUGCCCAUAUUCACAAAGCAUCUCGGAGAAGGAGUGCUAAUCUGGGUUCAGUUUUGCCUUCAAAAUUAAUGUAUUGACAUGGACAGGGGGGAAUUGAUCCGAGAUCAGCACUCAUACUCUGAGACCCUUUAUGAUUGCUGACCAUGGUCUUGAUUUAUUUCAGUCUGUCCUCUAAACACCAUGUUUUCAAUAGAUACAUGUACUGUAAUGUAAAUGUAAGCAAGACAAAGGUUCAGAGUAGCGUUGACAUGUAAUAAGGGAUGGAUUACACACAAUGAAAAGGGAUAUAUUUGCUGUUGUAUUGCUAUUCCACAGUUCUCUGACAGGACAUUGCAGACACACCUGAAUGUUCAUCUCUCAUCGCUGUCUCCUAAAUGAUUAAUUCCUGUGUUGGUUUUAACGUUGCCUAUAUCAGACAAAGCACUUGUUGAGCCCAUAACAAACACAUCCUAAUUCAGAGGUCUUAAAGGUAGACUCAACAUUAUGACAUCAUCAUAAACAGCGGGGAAACUUCCUGCUUUCUCCCAGAAAUCAACAGCAACAAAAUCUAACCUGCCAGGACUGCUGGUAUUGCAUCUUCCUUAAGUGGGAAUGCCUCAAGGAAGGGCACAAAUUAGGAGUCAGUUUUGUUAGUCUUCUGUUGUUGAUGUCAGCACAUGUGUACGAUGAAGUCUGACUUUAAUAUUGUAUUCACAAAUGUGGAGAAAGGGACACAUUCUGAUGUUACAAAAUAUUUGACUUUUUAAUGUUUCAAACCUGUGGUGCUGCCAUCAAUAUCGGCCAUAUUACAGCAGACAUAAGGGUGCAUUUAUCACACAUUUCAAAUGGGCUAUGUCUGUGUGGGGGUCACAUUGAUUUGAUAAUGAUUAGAAAUAUACAUCACUGUAAUUCAUGAUUCACCAGGCAUCGGCAUUAUUGUAAAUGAUUCUUGAACUUGGAUUUCAUUUGAAUACAUUGUUCCAUAUGGCAGAGCACUCAGCUAAUAAAGUGAGAUAGCGCACCUAUUAUCCACUCAACACUAGCAUAAUUGUUUGAACCCCAAAUCCAUUUAGAAAUAAAUACCACAAGUAUUACCCUAGUAAAAUAGGUAUUCAGACCUCAAUGGGAUAAAUAAAGGUUAAAUAAGUAGCACAUAAUUAGUCAAGUGUUCUACUGUGGUAAAUGUACUGAUAAAACAGAUCCAAAUGUCUGUUGAACGAUAAGAUCAUUCUAGUGACUGAAACUAUAUAAUAUGGGCUCAAUGAAGGCCAUGCUAAGGGUAGAUUCAAUAAAAGUUGUAUUACUUUUUUUGUAGUUGUUUUAAAACAUAUGUACAGAAAGCAACAUCUGGGGCUUCUGAGAAGUUCACGGUAUAACCAUUGCAGAAACUUAUUUCCAACUUAUUUUUGACUGAGCUUAUAUUGGACCUACCCUAUAGUAUAGUGCUGUUUGUGACGUGACAUUUAAGUAUGCAUUCAGUCACUCUGUGGUGACCGGCACACACACAUUCCCUCUACCCCAAUACAAGACAGUCAAGUCAUUCACCCGACAAAGGUCAGUCAAAGUCGUCCCUUUAUUCUGGUUGAUUCCACAGUGAAUGGAAAAUUACAUUCUAUUUGACUCCCUGUGAUGUAAAAGAUUGUUGGUUCAUAUGUAUUUUCUUGUUGAAGAUUGUGUGUUCAUAUUUCAAACUGACAAUAAUAAUAAAAAAUGAUCUUAAAUGCC